AUGCGGAAACACUCCCUCCUGGGCUUCGCCUGGUCUGGCGCGGCGCUGGUGUUAUCGUGUCUGUCAGGCACAUGGUCGGCGCCACUCAACGCAACCGAGGAUGGGCUAGGCUUCUCGGCCUCCGAAAAGGAGAUUCGCAGCUCUCUGAUGAAACGCGGCAUCACUGUGAGCGGCGGAUGCGUCGGUUCCUGGUUGACGACGGUCAACACCGCCACGCGCGAAGCGCUGGACAUUGGGCAGAUCAACUAUGGCCUUCCGCGCCUCCAGGCGCUUUUGGCAAAUCUGAACUCCAAUCCUGUGCCGAGUAUUAUUAGUAUGAACACCGCAGACAGGACUGUGUUUCAGACCUACGAGGCCUUCUUUGGUCAGGCGUACUUUGGAACCAACACUCAGACGAACCAAAGAAAGAACGCUGCUGCCAUUGCACGACUGAAUGGAAUCAUCGGCACUGCGCAGGCUAUCCAAAACGCCCUGCAGAACCCUGCUAGUGUGAACGUCGAAAUCUGGUGCAACGACUACUUCCUUCUAGACGUAGACCCAUGGGGCAAUCCAGGGUUUGGUAUUACUCAGUUUGACUCUCGCAAGUUCACUCAGAACAAUCAAGUUGGCGAGUGGGUGGCUCUUCAAACUUGCGCAAACAGCCCGGGCACAAGCGCGUACACCUAUCAUCCCAACUCGCCUCCGUUCGGGGGAGAGUCUGUCAUUGUGCUCUGCCAGAACUACCUCACGGGUUGGGACGCGAGAUAUAGUAGCGGAAACACCGUCAGCGCGUUCCACAAUAGCGGGCCGCUGCCCACCAACUCUCUCCAGAUGGACUAUCUGUGGGGAUACCUCCCGGCGACGCUGAUCCACGAGUUCACGCAUGCCAGGAGCAUCAUGGGCCAAGGCAGUCUCGCCGAUCAGUGCUUGAUCAACCAGCAACCGGCCUACCAGUGGCAGUGCAUCCGUCAGCUCGCCCAGGAGAACGCCGACCUGGCCGCUGACUCCUUCUCGCUCUUCCUGACGGCCAUCUACUUCAACCAUAACGACUGCACGCUGUACAACGCAGCCCAGGCGUAUGGGGAGCAUCUUCCUGCUGCCAAGCAGUUUGCCCAUCAGCCCCCUGACAAAGGCAACGACAUCGAGGAACGAGAGUUUGAAACUCGCAUUCAUGCUGCUCAAGCUUCGGAUCCAAACUACCACUAUGUUCCAGAGCUCGGGGGUUGGUACGACUCUGAUGAUGUCACACGGUGA